GAUGUGUCAAUUUUAAACAUAAAGAGAGAGCAAUCUAUAAGUGUAUACAGUCUUUGUUUUAAACCACUAUUGUGUAUUGUACGUGUGGUGUAGGCAACAAUAAGUUUAUUUAAACAAUGAGCAACGAAAAUGUUGAAUUUUUCAACUUAGAAGUAGUUUAUAAUAAUUUAAAAAGUGCCCAACAUGAAGAUGAAGACGUCAAAAUGGAAUUAUACCUACUCAGUUAUGAAGAAUUAAAUAAAUUUUUUACUCUAAUUGGCACAAUCUUUGGAUUUGUGAGUAAAGAUUUGCAAGAAAAGAUGGGUAUACUGCAAGAUUUUUUGAAAAAUGAGGAAACAUCUGAACAUUUUCAAACUGUGAAAGGAAUGAUUGAAUAUGAAAAAAACAAUAACCUUCUAACAAAGAAGGGAUACACUUCAGGAUCUCGAACUCUUCUCAGACUUCACAGAGGUUUAGACUUUAUACUACAAUUUUUGAAAAAGCUUAAUGAAAUAAAGGAUGAUGAAGAUACAUGUUAUGUAUGUCGAGAUGCAUAUAAUGAGACUCUUGCCAAACAUCACCCAUUCUUGAUAAGGAAUGGUGCUAAAAUUGCCAUUUAUACUUUGCCAAAACGGCAAGAACUUUUAAACAGGGUGUGUGGUACUGAGGAGCACAUUAAAAAUACUCUUAAACUUUUUCCUGAAACAUUACAAGUAAUAAAUCAAGUAUUUGAUCGUGUUGAUAAAAUUUAUACUGAUAAUGAUCUACAUUCUUUGCCUUAAUCAUUUUUUGUGUACUCAAAAAUUGUGAUAUUUUAGCAUUCCUAGUUUUAUUUUUGAAAGUGUGUCCUCCAUAAUUUUCAUUUAUACAAGGUAAAAUAUUAUGUGCUUUUGUGUGUAUGUGCAUAAUUAUUUGGUGAUAAAAAAUGUAUUUAUAAUCUUUAUAAACUUUGUGUAAAAUAAGUUUGAUAAUGUAUAUAAUUUGUAUUAAGCAAAGAAGUAUUAUGUAUAUCUAUGAACCACUUAAUUGUACUUAUUUCAUUACUUAUUUUGCGAUAUUUAACCAUGAGAAGUGAUGUUAUCACAAUUUACUUCAAAUUUAAAAUUUUAUUUAUAAAUUUAAUAAAUUAUUAAUAUAUUGCUUAAAAGAU